AUGAAUACAUCAGAAUUUGGUGUUAAGAAUGCAAAUAGCCUCAAAUAUAGAGUUGUUAAUGAUCCGGUUUUAAUCCGAGCUGAGAUAUCUAGGGUAGAAACAGAUUGCAAUGAUCCAAUUGCUCGUAGCUUUCUUAAUACUGUUGUCCGUAAUGAGGAAGAGGCUUACAAACAUUAUUGUGCUUAUGCACAUUACGUUGGUUUUACUGUUAUAAAAAGAGAAUCUCAGCUAGCCACUACUGUGAAGUAUAGAAAAACGGAUACACGGACUGGCUGUCAAGCAAUAGUUUGCUAUGCUAUUGAUCUUGAUGGCAACUGGACCAUAAGGAAAUUUGUUGAAAGUCAUAACCACCCCUUGGCGGAAUCCGGUGACAAGCACCUUCUACGUUCCAGUUGGAAGAUUAGCGAGUUAAAUGCAAAUUUACUAAGAUCAAUGACAGGUUCUGGGAUUAGAGCAGCUGAUGCAUUCAAUUUUCUUGCUACAGAGGUUGGUGGUGUUGAAAACUUGGAAUGCACCAGACAAGAUUCAUACAACUUCAUUCAAAGGAAUAAAAGAAGCAGAAUUGAAUAG